UUCAACGGCCAGGCCAGAGGGACAGAGGUCUGUCCCUCUGCUCAGAGGACCCAGGGAGAACUGAGGGCCAGGCAGGGUCGUUCCUCCAACUCCCUUCCCAAGCUGUCUAGGCCUAGAAAAGGUGAAAGCGAAAGAAAAGAUGCAGAAAAGUGCCAUUGGCCUCCGAGGGCAGGUGAAAGCGAAAGCAGGAAGCGUCGGAGGUGGAGCCGGAGACUAAAGCCGGAGGUCGUUCUCGCUCCACAGCCGCUAGCCCCUCUUGUCUGACCCAUCGACCCCUGCUCUACGCUGCCCGUCUCGAAAUGCUGAGGCCAGCGCUGGAGCCUCGUGGAGGCUUUUCCUUCGAGAACUGCCAGAGAAACGAAUCCUUGGAACACGUCCUCCCAGGACUCCGGGUCCCUCAUGCACGCAAGACCGGGACUACGAUCGCGGGCCUCGUGUUCCGAGAUGGGGUCAUCUUGGGCGCGGAUACACGGGCCACUAACGAGUCGAUAGUGGCAGACAAGAACUGCGAGAAGAUCCACUUCAUCGCCCCCAAAAUCUACUGCUGUGGGGCUGGAGUAGCCGCCGACGCCGAGAUAACCACGCGAAUGGCUGCGUCCAACAUGGAGCUGCACGCGCUGUCCACGGGCCGCGAGCCUCGCGUGGCCACGGUCACCCGCGUUCUGCGCCAAACGCUCUUCCGGUACCGGGGCCAUGUGGGCGCGUCGCUGAUCGUGGGUGGUGUGGACGUGACAGGACCACAGCUCUACAGCGUGCAUCCCCAUGGCUCCUACAGCCGUCUGCCCUUCACGGCCCUGGGCUCUGGCCAGGACGCCGCCCUGGCAGUGCUGGAGGACCGGUUCCAGCCGAAUGUAACGCUGGAGGUGGCGCAGGAGCUGCUGGUAGAAGCCAUCACUGCAGGGAUCCUGGGUGACCUGGGUUCUGGAGGCAAUGUGGAUGCAUGUGUGAUCACAAGCAUGGGUGCCAAGCUGUUGCGGACGCUGAGCUCACCUACAGAGCCCGUGAAAAGGCUGGGCCGGUACCGCUUUACCCCUGGCACCACAGCUGUCCUGACCAAGACGGUGAUGCCGCUGAACCUGGAACUGCUGGAAGAAACUGUGCAGGCCAUGGAGGUGGAGUGAAGUAGGCUGAGGCUUGGAGCUUGGAACAAGGGGGAGUAAACUCAGAAAAUACAAACCCCUAAACAGA